ACGUCUUGGUUUCAACAGUCAUGGUUGAAGUCGCGCCCAACUGCAGUAGAUCAAUGCAGAGCGAUUAAUAACAAAUCUACAAGAUAAAGAAUAAUCGCACGAUAAUUUCGUCGAUAAAGAACACUUCUGCCAGCAUGUCAAUAAUGACUCACAAUGUUGUCGAACGACCGCAUUUAUAGUCCUUGAUGAUCGGCGCAAACACAGGGCAAAGCCGAGUCAAAUAUUAUCUGCCAGCCUUCACCUGCGACGAGAAUUUGUGGUCGAUCUGCCAGUGAGGUAGCCUUGUGGACAUGAUGCAUCAUGAUAGAGCGACGAUCAAAGGCGCUGCUCUGUCCCAAGCACAACUCCCAAGAUUCCUGGAGAAAUUAGAGCCACUGUUACCUUAUUCCAUCCCUCUUGUCAGAAGGAUUCAAUUCCAUCUGGACCAUCCCAUCUCGAAGACUGCAAGGAUCUAUGUGGCUGUUGCCGACACCGGGGUUACUGGCACCACAACUGGCACUGUUGAAGGCGGGAGCUGGCUUGAUGAAUGGCUCCAUGAUGCCACGACGACAACGGAUUCUGCCUCGCCAUGGGUCGCAGCGCACAUCGACCUAAUCAACUACGGCCAGACACAAGGCUGGGUUUUUGGCAGCUGGGAACAUCCUUCGAACCAUGACCCCGACAACCACACGAUAUACAAAGCUCUGAUGGACCAGCUGUACACAUAUAUCUACACCGUCCUUAUACCGGAGAUGUCGACCGAGCCGCCAGAGGACUGGCUCCUCCUCAAGCGCACGGGCAAACGUAUCACGGAGCCUUUCUCGCGAGUCAAAGUCCUGUUUGGGACCCUGGGUGACAAACUAUGGGAGUACUUUUACGAAAAGGCGCGGUCGCGAACGGACCCAGGGUACUACAAGUACAUAUUCACGCCGGAAAAUAAAGCUACGCAACCCGACGACGACAGUUUCCCGCUGCCGGAGGGGUAUAGGUUCGGCGAGAUGCAGCCGCAUGAUUUACAAGCUGUGCUGGAUCGGACUGAUAUCCCAAGAACACUGCACACGCUGAGUCAGUAUGUCAGUGUGAGUUUGUUGUACGGUGACAAUCCGACGCCAAUUGGAUGGGGAUUCCUGGGGAAGGAUGCGAGUAUAUCCAGUCUACAUACGGAGCCGGAGCAUCGCGGCAAAGGGCUGGCGGCGUGUUUGAGUAGGGAAUUGUUCAAGAGGCAGGGGAGGGCGUUUGCCGGGCAACAGAGCUGGGGGCAUGCUGAUGUUAGUAAGGAGAAUGUGCCUAGUCGGAGGGUUAUGGAGAAAUUGGGUGGGCAGCCCAUGUGGAUGGUUAUGUGGUGUGAGAUGGAUCUAGAGAUUGUCUGUGGGGAGGCGAAAUGAAGGGUGUCGUUGAUUGUGAUAUAAUGUCACUGAGGGCUUUGAGAACAGAAUGGAUAGAUAGACUACGAAUAGCGGAAAACCUUGGGGGAAGGCAGAGUGGAAGCCAUUCGGGGUCCUCUUCGGUCACUACUGUACUACCUAGCCCGAUAGUUAUUAGGUAUUCAUUCAACUCUUCUCAACCAACAGAAGGAUUCUUAGAUUCCCCAGGUCUACCAUCGUUGUUUUUUCGUGCAACCUGACGUUGAGCCUGGAUCAAUCAUCACAUUUGAAUAUAUUAGGAAUGUCUCAGGAGAUCUACCGUGUACUGUGUAUCAGUGGGCAAAUAGGGUCUUUAUUCAAAUCGGUUACUGAAUAAUGGUAGCAUGGGGUGAUUUUACUAAUACCGCAUAUAUCAUCUAGCUAUC